UGGGCGGAGUCAGCAUAUGUUGCUAUGCGAGCGGGGCUGCCGGGCGGAAUAAGAUGGCGGCGCUGGAGCCGGAGAGCCGGGAAAGAGGGUCCCGAUUCACCCAUUGUGACCGCAUCAGGAGAGGGGAACACCGGCCUGUGGAGAAGGAGGGGAGGUCCGGCCCGGGAGCACUGCCCAGGGGUGAACAAUAAGCCCUACGUGUGUGAGAGCGGCCAUUGCUGCGGGGAGACUGGCUGCUGCACCUACUACUACUACGACCUCACAAGCUGUGGUGGUUUUGGCUCCUCUGGACGGUUCUGAUUCUCCUCAGUUGUUGCUGUGCCUAUCGCCAUCGCCGCGCCAAACUGCGCCUGCAGCACCAACAAAGACAGCGCGAGAUAAACCUGAUCGCCUACCACCGUGCCUGCCAUUACCCUCCGUCCAUGCUUGAUCUACGGGCGCUGUCAUCAUUCAAACUUCCAGCCUAUGAGGAAGUGGCAUACCGGCCCACCACCCCGCCUCCUCCAUACAGCUCCAUCCUCACCCAGCUGGGUCUGCCCUCCUCAUCGCCUCCUCCACCCCCACCCUCUGACCCACCCUCGCUCACCCCCAGCUCCGAGCACACCAGCAGCUGCUCCUGCACUUCUGGCUGUAUGCUGUCCGGCAGCAGCUCCUUCUCCGUCCAAGUGACUGACGAGACGAGGACCAGCCUGGGCAGCUCGGCUAGUGAAGGGGGGAGCUGGGAGGCCAGUCCCGAGGAGGAGGGGGCUUGUGGCAGGGAACGAGGCCUUCACAAGCAGACAGCCUUCUCCUCCUCCGUGGAUUUCUUUGAUGGUCACCACUGCUGGGAUAUUGAAGAGGUGGAUGAAGAGGAUGAGGAAGAACAUUACAGACAGAGGAGGCUGACCGGGGACUCAGGAAUAGAAGUGUGCCUCUGCCAGGUGACGGGAGAGGAGGAGGACGGGGAAGAUACAAGUCAAAUCCACGAUAACCCUGACUGUGCCCAGAGGAGCCAAUCGCAAGAAUCGACCGCAGAGAAAGCAGACGCAGAGUCAGAUUCCCGGGUCCAGGCAGUGUGA